AUGUUACAAGGCGUCCAUAUAAUCGGUUAUGGACCAUCAGAUGGAAAAUGCCUUCCGUGUUCAGGAAUUUCUGGAAGAGUAGCCCCCGCAUAUCCUUGCUCUUCUCGUUUCAACCAUAGAUUCAAGUCACAGGUCAGGAUUGGAUCACCGAAAGGUGCUUACAAGGGGGUAUCUUUUACAUGCAGAGCAAGUUCUAGUGGACGUAAUAGAAAUCCAGACUUCCCAAGGCAAAACAGACAUGGGUACUCCCGGGGCAGAAAUAGGAAAAAUGACGAUAGAGAUGGAUUUGAAAACCUUGAAGAAUCUGAUCUGCUGUCUUCUAAAAAUGGUCCAUUGGUCUCCCUCUCUGGUGGCACAAAGUUUGGGGCUACUGCAGCCCCUGGACCUAGAGAAAAAGAGAUUGUUGAGCUGUUCAGGAAGGUCCAGGCUCAACUUCGGGAGAGAAGUGCAGUUAAAGAAGAAAAGAAGGCUGAAGCCUUGCAAGGGCAAGGAAAAGAGAAUGAAACUGUGGAUUCUCUCCUUAAGCUAUUAAGGAAACACUCGGUUGAGCAAGCUAAAAGAACCAACAACAGUGGCAGCAACAAGGACUUCACGUUGGACCAGCCAGAAAAGAAUGCCCGAUAUAGUGAAAGGAAAAGCACAACUUCUUUUGAUUCAAAUAACAGUUUGAAGGAUGAGGUUGAAGAACCUAAUGCCUCUUUUAGCAGGCCUGCAUCGAAUUUUCAACGCAAGUCUCCCAUCCCUCGGUUGACAUACCAGCCCAUUUAUUCAGAGGAUGACCACAUAGGCAAUUUGAUGCCACAUGUAAAUUCAAUUGGGAAGAGAAAGAAGAAUCAUGUUGAGAGAGUUCCUAAACCAGAGCCAGAGCCAGAAUCAAAGCAAGAGCCUAAGCUUGAGUUGGAGUCAGAACUUGAGCAUGAGCCUGUGGUCGAUGCUGAGUUUGAAUUCGAGCCUGAACCCGAGCCCGAGCCAGAGCUUGUUCAGUUGUUAGAGGAAGAGACUUUAGGUCCUGAAGAAACUCUUAAUUUCGAUGAUGAAAACGGUGAGAAACAGCAACUUAUCGAACAUAAGGAUUUGAGUGCAUUGAAGCUACCAGAAUUAAGAGCACUUGCGAAGUCUCAAGGUGUAAAAGGGUUUUCAAAGAUGAAGAAGGGUGAGCUUGUGGAGUUGCUAAGUGGGAGCUCAGUUUAA